AUGGAGAAGGAGAGGUUAAUUAUGGCUUCAAUGGAAAUGCAUACUUAUGCUCGCGAUGCGCUCAUGGAUAGUCAGCUUCCAGACUUAGUGGAGGAACGUAUUGACACUGCAUACGGAAAGGUUAAAAUUUCCAUUUAUGGAAAUCGCAGCAAGCAUCCUCUCAUCACAUUUCACGACCUUGCUCUUGACUCUGACAGCAACUUCCAGAACUUCUUCCAGUUUGUUUCCAUAGCUGAGUUUACGGAAAAGUUUUGCAUAUACAAUAUCAAUGCUCCUGGGCAGGAAGUGGAUGCUCAGCCUCUUCCAGACACGUUCAUUUAUCCGUCUAUGGAUGGUCUUGCUAAAAUCGUUGAAACUGUCGUUGAUUACUAUGAGCUUCAAUCUGUGAUUGCUUUUGGUGUCGGUGUUGGAGCGAACGUACUGCUCAGAUAUGCGCUCAUGAAUCAAAAACGUUUGGAUGCCUUAAUUCUUGUAAAUUGCGUUGCGAACACUGCUGGCUGGAUUGAGUGGGCAUACCAAAAGAUGAACCUCCGCUAUUUACGUGGCUCCGGUAUGAAUACCUUCACAGUUGAUUAUCUCAUGUGGCAUCACUUUGGACGUCGCUUGGAUGAAUGCAGUCCAGACAUCGUACGUCAGUAUCGCGUGUAUUUCCAACAUCUGCCAAAUCCGACGAAUUUGGCAAUGUUUAUUGAGUCUUAUGUCAAUCGUUCUGCAAUCGCGAUAUCACGAGAUGGUCAGAAUGGUCCUCAGUUGAAUGUUCCUGUGCUGCAAAUUGUUGGCGCUGGAAGCCCAUUCGUGAACGACACAGUAGAAGUGAACACAAAAUUGGAUCCCGCGCAUUCGGAUUGGAUCAAGGUCUCUGAUGCAUGUGGUCUGGUGUUGGAUGACCGUCCCGAAGUUGUGACUGAGAGCAUGAUGCUGUUCCUACAAGGACUUGGUUUCUGUGAGUUAAUACAACACUAG